AUGCUCCGCCGGGGCACGCACGUCCAGCAGGCCCAGCUCCAGAUGGCGCGGCGCGCCUUCGCGGCCUACGACGUGGACGGCGACGGCGCGGUGACGCGGAGCGACCUGAAGACCGUGUUUACGAAGCUCGGCAAACCGAGCGACGGCGAGGCGCUGGACCGCUGGAUCGCGAAGCACGACGCGGACCGCGACGGCACCGUGUCCCUAUCCGAUUUCCUGAAUGCCCUGGCGCCCAUCUUCGGCGACGGGUUCACGCUGAGCGACCUGCGGCGCUUGUUCGACCGCGUCGACAAGGACCGCACGGGCUUUUUGACGCCGGCGAUGGUCGCGGCGGCG